GACCGGGACCGGAAUCCCGACCUGGGCCAGCAAGUUUGUCCCGGCGCGCCGCGGCCCGAGCCUGCCAGAAGCGCUUUCAUAUUCCCCCACCUACUUCCGGUACCGCGUGCCCGUCCCCCGGAAGAGGAGGGCAGUCGUGCAUCCGGGUGCGCAGUGCUACCAUCCCUGCCCCCCAUUUCCUGGCGGGUGCGCGGGGGCGGCCCGGAGACCACCUGGUCCGGAGAAGGCGGAGGUGGCGAGGGCUACUACUCCUCUGGGGGCGCCUGGUCGGACCCCGGUCGAGCUGGAGGAAGCCACCAGGAGCAGCCACCAUAUCCUGGCUACAAUGCUAACUACUGGAAUUCUGCUGCACGACCGAGGGCCUCAUACCCAACCACAUAUGCUGUGCGACCAGAGUUACAAGGCCAGAGUUUGAAUUCUUAUGCAAAUGGAGCAUAUGGUCCACCUUACCCCCCUGGUCCUGGGACAAAUACUGCCUCCUACUCCGGGGCUUAUUACCCACCUGGCUAUAGUCAGACCAGUUACUCUACAGAUGUGCCGAGUGCUUACCGUUCACCGGCCAGCAGCCCAAGCCCAGUCUCUCGGUGGAUGUACCCACAGCAGGACUGUCAGAACGGAGCACCACCUCUUCGGGCACACGUUCCAGGGUAUCCUGCUUCACAGAACCCUGGAAUGACAGUGACCCAUUACCCUUAUGGGGAUGGUAAUCGGAAUGUUCCACAAUCAGGACAAACUGUACGACCCCACGAAGACGCAUGGGCUUCUCCUGGUGCAUAUGGGAUGGGUGCCCGUUACCCCUGGCCUUCAGCUGUGCCCUCAGCACCACCCGGCAAUCUCUACAUGACCGAAAGUGCUUCGCCAUGGCCUAGCAGCGGCCCUUCUCAGCUACCUCCUUCGUCACCACCCCAGCAGCCCAAGGAUUCCUCAUACCCCUAUAGCCCAUCAGAUCAAGGCAUGAACCGGCACAACUUUGCUUGCAGUGUCCAUCAGUAUGACUCGCCGGGUACAGUGAGUAACGAUCAUUCAGACCCUCUGGAUUCCCAAGUGCAGUACACCGCUGAGCCUCAACUGUAUGGUAACGCCUCCGCUGAGCAGCCCAGCAGUCAAGAGCAGAGUAGUAAUCUCCCUGAAGAGGGUCUAUCUUCAGACGAAAGUACUCCUGCGAGUAUUAAGAAAAUCAUACAUGUGCUGGAGAAGGUUCAGUAUCUUGAGCAAGAAGUAGAAGAAUUUGUAGGAAAAAAGACAGACAAAGCGUACUGGCUUCUCGAAGAGAUGCUAACGAAGGAACUUUUGGAACUAGAUUCUGUGGAAACUGGGGGCCAGGACUCUGUCCGGCAGGCCAGGAAAGAGGCUGUUUGCAAGAUCCAGGCCAUACUGGAAAAAUUAGAAAAAAAAGGAUUAUGAAAGGAUUUAGAAUGACUUGGAAGCCUGUUACUUGGCCAAAGAACUCUUGAUUUGGAUUAAUUACUAAUGUCGUGAAAUUGCCCAUUGAUGACAAGAAGCAAUACAUUCCAACUUUCCUUUGAUUUGAAAUUUGAAAAACUGGCAAAGGAAUAGAAGAACAUUUCAUUUAGGAGUUUUUUCAGUUUUCAGACGAAUGAAUGUAAUAGGAAACUGUGGAAUUAUCAGUUUUGCCAAAUAGACUCACUUCUUCUUAAGAAAUUUAUAUAUAUUUGUAAGCUGCUUCUUAUCAUCAGGAAGGAAAUAUACUUCGUGUAACAGGCUAUCAGAAACUUGAGAAAGCAACGAACAGGCUUUGUUUUUGUAAAUGUAUGAAUAACUUGUCACAUUUUUGUACAUUGUGACUGCUUUGAGCUGCCACUUCGUGCGAGUAAAUUACAGCUUAGACUUUAGCUUUCUUGGACCUCUGUUUUGUUUUGUUAUUUGCAGUUCACAAUAUAGUAUUAUUCUCUACUUCUUGGUACAUUUUGUAGUAACAUGUUUAAUAUAAUUAUUCAGGAGACUCUGUUGACAGACUGUAUUGGCAGUUCUGAGUGGAUCUGUGUCCUUUCACAACUUGAAUGUAUUGUACUGUGUAGUUAGCUCUGCAGUAGCUUGUCUUCCUUUCUUUGUAUAACUAGGGUUAGAAUUCUUACAUUUUAACUUUUCCUCCUCCUCCUUAUUUUUUUAUCAGUACAGGGGAUUAAACCUAGCACGUGCUGGGCAAGCUUUACCACUGAGCUACAUCCCCCCUGGCUCUUUUUAUCUUUGAGUUAGGGUCUUACUAAGUUGC